AUGGCUGCUCCCAAAAUAAUAGUACUAGGCAGCCUCAACGGCGCCCUGGAACCGGCAUUGCAGAAGCUCGCGACACUCCACGCGAAGAACAAUUUCACUUUGGCUAUCUUGACCGGAGAUGUCUUCACACCUGAAACCGACGAGUCGACUUUGGACUCAUUGAUCAACGAAACCUUGCAGGUCCCCCUACCGACGUACUUCACCAUAGGGGCCCAUCCCCUUCCUCAACGAAUUGCAGAGAAGAUAGAAGCCAACGAGGAAAUAUGCACCAACCUACACUUUCUGGGGAAGCGGAGUGUUACGAAGACCUCGGAUGGUAUCCGAAUUGCAGCUCUCGGGGGCCAGCUUGACCCCAACCUAGUAGGCGGCCAGUCGAAGGAACAACACCUUCCAUUCCACACUGUAGACGAUGCCAAGAGCCUGCGCGGCGCAAACAGCGCCGAUAUCCUAUUGACUUCCAUAUGGCCUUCCAAUAUUUGGAAGGGGUCGAAGACGACCCUCGAACCCGCCCAGCAAGCAGCUAUUGCAAGCACGGAGUCAAUCGCAGAGCUAUGCGCUGCUCUAAAACCGCGGUACCACCUCACAGCCUCCCCCAGUGCGUUCUUUUACGAGAGGGAGCCAUUUCUACAUCCUUCAGAGAAAGAAUCCGACACUAAGGCAGUGACGAGGUUCAUUUCAAUGGCUCCGUUUGGAAACGAAGUGAAGGCCAAAGCUUUGUAUGCCUUUACGCUAAACAAGGCCGACACUUCACUCCCUCCCGGCAUCACCGCCUCUCCAUUCAUAGAGAAACCGAAGAAGCGAGGCGGAGACAAUGAUAGCUACAACCGCUUUGACCGUGGUCACAAUGACGGUGGUCAUCACGGGCGAAGAAACAAGAGGCGCCGCACCUCUCCCCCGCCAGGACCAGACAGGUGCUUCUUCUGCCUUUCAAACCCCAAUUUGGCAACACACAUGUGCUCAUCCAUUGGCAACGAUGCCUACAUCACAAUUGCAAAGGGACCUCUUCCUACAUGCAAGACCUUUGCUGAUCAGGGUCUCAAUUUCCCGGGCCACCUCCUCAUCAUCCCCUUGCCUCAUGCUCCAACCAUUCCCAGCAUCGGCGACGUCAAAGAUCCCUCAAGCGAUGCUGUCAAGACGUACAACGAGAUGACCCGCUUCCGCGAGUCCAUCCAGGCCAUGGUAUCAUCAAAAUCCAACCACGAGCUCGGGGUGGUCACCUGGGAAAUCAGCCGCGGCCGCAACAUCCACCUACACUGGCAGCUCCUACCGAUAUCCGCGACCCUGAUCCAGAAGGGCCUGGUCGAGGCAGCCUUCAAGGUCGAGGCAGAGAACCAGGAGCUCCCCGCCUUCUCCUCCAAGGAGCUGACCCUCGAGGAGGAGCCCAACUACGACGGCUUCUUCCGCGUCUGGCUGUGGGCCGACAAUGGCGAGGACAAGAUUAAGGGCAAGACCCUCGUCAUGCCGCUCCCUUCCGACCAGCGCUUCGAUCUCCAGUUCCCGAGGCGCGUUCUCUCGAAGCUCAUGGACCUCGAAGACAGAGUCAUCUGGCAGGAUUGCGAGCAGAGUGUUGAGGAGGAGACGGCAGACGUCGAGGCGUUCCGAGCAGCGUUUAAGGAAUGGGAUUUCACAUUAGAAGAGUGA